GUUUAUCUGAUUUCAAAUACAUUUGAGAUGCUGGAGGAGAGUGCUAAAGAUCAAUUCAAGUCGGCUGCUUUGGAAAAAAACGAAGUGCUCGAUGAUCAUUCUGAUCAAAAGGUAGAAGAUCAAGCAGAAGACAAUCUUAAGCCAGAUCAAACAGAAGAUCAGGAUAUCGUAUCUCUCAAAUCAACUGAAGCUAUUCUUGAUACCGAUCAAGAAAAAUUGGAUCACAUUCCUAGUAAUGAUAAAAAGGAAGAUGAUAUUCCAGCACAAGAAAAUCAACCAACAGAACAAGAAUUGAACCCAACCUUGGCCAGUUUCAUGAAUGCUUGUCAAAAAGGUGAGUUGGAUACGGUUAAAGAAAUGAUUUCUCUGGGUAAAGUUAAUUCAAUGGAUACUUUCACCGAUGGAAUCACUGGAUUACAUUGGGCUUCAAUUAACAAUAGGUUAACCGUUGUUGAGUAUUUAUGUACUAAUGAAUAUUCAAAAGCUGACCCGAACUAUUCAGGAGGUGACUUAAAAGCAACUCCUUUGCAUUGGGCUUGUCGUAAUGGUUUGGUUUAUAUAGUUGAUUACCUUUUAACUAAUACCAAUGCUGAUCCAUCUAUACGUGAUGCACAAUCUUAUAAUGCAUUACAUUUGGCGGUUCAUAGUUCCAAUAUAACCCUUGUGAUUUAUUUAUUAUUGACUUAUUCAACUAAUGAUUCAAAAAAUAAAUUAUACAUUGAUGAACCUGAUAAUGCUAAUCGUACUUCAUUACAUUGGGCUGCUUAUCAAGGUGAUUUUUUAACCAUCAAAGCAUUAUUAAAAUUUGGUGCUGAUGUUAAUAAAGUUGAUAAUUCUCUUUUCAUUCCUUUACAUUGGGCUUUCAUUAAAGGUUAUAAAAGUGUUUUGAAAACUUUAGUCGAAGCAGGUUCAGACAUUUUUGCUAAGAAUGAUCAAGGUAAAAAUUCUUUUGGAGUUGCAAAAGAUAUGAAUUGCUUACCAACUUGGUGUAAGGUUUUAUUGGAAACUGGUAGAUCUCCAAAAAGACAAUGGACCAUUAAAGAAUAUUGGUUAAAACCAAAAUACGGUAAAAUUAUUACAUUUUUAACUCCUUAUAUUAUUUUACCUUUAAUUUUUUAUACUUGUUCUUUUAGUCAAGGUUAUGUGAUCCCAAAACUUUUCUUAUCAAUUUUAUUGUUCAUUGGAUCAAUAAUUUUUUUACUAAAAUUUAUAAUACCAACUUAUUUAUUGGAUGAUAAAGCUUUAUUUAAAACUCCCUUUUUAGCAGGAAUUUUUUCAGGAACUGCAUUUUGGACUAUUUUAGUAUGGGCUUUCCAAAUUUUCCCAACUUUAAUAUUUAAAAGGUUCUUCACUAAUAUCUUAUUAUCAAUUAUAAUUGUUUUAUUUGUUUGGUCAUUUUUCAAAGCCAUGUUUAUCAAUCCAGGUUUUGUUCCAACUCCAAGUGAUAAUUCGGUUAUUUUAGAACAAGUUAAAGAUUUGAUUAAAUUAGGUAAAUUUGACACUGAUAAUUUUUGUGUUAAUACCUUCAUUCGUAAACCUUUAAGAUCAAGAUUUUCAAAACAUAAUAAAAAGUUAGUGGCUAGGUUUGAUCAUUAUUGUCCCUGGGUUUAUAAUGAAGUCGGUGUUAGAAAUCAUAAAUUAUUCAUGACUUUUGUUUAUUCAUUAGCUUUGGCAGUCAUUAUAUUUACUAAUUUAUCAAUCAAAUACUUUGAUGUUCUUGAAGAUUUAAAUGGUUAUGAAAGUGAUGAUGAAUUAAAGUGUUCCUUAUUAUCGGAAGAGUUUUGUAUUGGUUAUCACCACAAACCUUUCCAUUUUAAUAUUAUGAUCUGGUGUUUAAUACAACUUAUCUGGAUAACAUUUCUUUGCGUUGUACAAACAUUCCAAAUUUGUAAAGGAAUUACUACAUGGGAAUUCAGCUUAUUAAAUAAUAAAAUUGGUAACUCAUUCAAUCAUUCAACUUUACCAAGAGACUUUAAUAAUAAUUUACAACCAAGUGUUUCAUCUCAUAACCACCAACACGGUAAAAACUCCCUGUUGGGUAUGUGUGCUAAAUUAAUUGGUUUAGAUCAAUUCAUUCUUACUAUAAAAUUAACAAUUGCUUCUUUAUUUAACAAAAGUCAAAAUAGUCAAACUUUCACGUCUCUUAAUGGUGUUGAUAUCCCUACCGAUUAUGGUUUAAAACAAAAUUGGUCCGAUUUUUGGUUUUUAGGUGAAACCAAAUGGAGAAAUGUUUUUUACUUGCCAAUCGAAGGUGAAAAUAACUUGAAUGGUCAAGUUGUUGACUAUUACAAAUUGUAUGAAUUACCUCCUAAAUAUCAAGCCCCCGAAGAGGCAUGA